UCCGAAUAGCGGCUCCCAGAGUCAAACCACAUUUAACACAUUAAGCAACUGAUUCUGGUAAAGUGCCGCUGAUACCAGCAUAGGAUAAAUAAUACUGCGUCAUUGUUUUAACAUUUUAUAAGUUUGAAUGAUCAUUCAGGAACGCCAAACGCCUUAAUUUCACCAGAGCGAAGUAAUUUCCUGCUCUUUCAUUAUGUACAGUGCGUCAGAGAGCAACAUAAUAUGAAGAUUUUGACAAUAUGUCUUCUUUCAAUUUAGACGAACACAAUGACGAUUAAAUCGACGGAGAACUCAUUUGACAAGCACUUUAUGGACUUCAACGGACUUCUACGGUAACAAAAGCCUGGCCUGUGGAGACCAAGCCCACCCAACCAUCCUCCCACACACUGUGAAAUCCACACCCCCUCAGAGGUGCACUGAGGGAGAGGACAGCACAGUCCUGCAGAUCCAGGAAUGGAGGACAGGAGGCACCUGCCUCCAGAUGGUGUUGGCAACCCCAAACUUUCCUCCUCAGCUGUCCAAUCAGAGUGUGACAAGAAGAUAAGUAUGGUCAGGAAGGAGCAAAGUGACCCAGAGGCCUCUACACAAAUGCGUGUACGAAAAGAUGAUCUCUGUGAUGUGCCUCACAAGGUGCCUCGUUUCCAAUAUGUGGACUUUCCAUCUCUGCAUCAGUGCAUCCAACAGCUUUCUGUGCCUCCUCUAAAUGGUUGGCUGGGAUCUUGCUCUUUGGCAAAGGCACCAAACCAUAGACCUGCCAGUCCCAAAGAGAAGGUACCCAAGUUUAAAUAUGUGGACUAUCCCUCUCUCCACCACUGCAUUCAGCAGCUGUCUGUUCCUCCAUUAGAAAGCUGGAGUGCAGGGCUGGUCAGGCUCAAUGCAGAUGGAAGACAGGAAGGGUCUGUGUUGCAAAAGAGACCUUCUCAGCCUGGGACUGUGAGAAACAACCAAAAGGCUGAGAUCAAUGAGACAGGAGAUCAGAACAAUGAGGACAGUAACAGAGUUGCAGUAUUUUCUUUCCCACAUACAAACUCAAUCAUAGGGAAGGAAGAGAGGCCUGUAGGGAGUCCCCACAGAGCGUACACCUCAGAAAGGAAGAGAGGGUCACCAGAGAGGGUAGAGAAAGGUAAUGCACUAGAUUGUGCUUCCAGGUUCGUAUCUGGUUCUGGAUCUCAAACAGACAAAGUGGAGGUGAGAAAAAACAGACCAUCAGUUAUUAGUAUGGUGCACCGAGACAAAAAGCAGCAAUGGACAAAGGCAGAUCACCUGGAAGUUCAAUGGAACUCUUCAGAUUCUGUUGAACAGGUACCAUGGAAUACUCUCCCAGAGUCAGUGUGCCCAUUCUGCCAACAGAUGUUCACAAAUCAAGAGCAGUUUAGAGCUCACCAGCGGAGCCAUAGAGAAAAGAGACCAAACUGAUGGACAAAACAGAAGGUUCACCUGCGGAGUGAGAGCUGCUUUUGGCAAACAGAUCAUGACACAUCAUAUGGAAUCUUACCAUCAGUAGCCUUGUGUUAUGAUGGCUACAGUAGUGAUUGCAGGCAUGACUAUGAAGAGAUCAAUUAUAUUUUUGGGAAAAUGUAAGCAUUUGUCUUGAUUGAGUCUAAAAAGGCAAAAAUUGAACAGACAGAAAUGCACAAGCAUACAAUGUGUUUGUUUCUAAACACACAUGUACUUGCGAGGGUACAGACAGACAGUGUAUUCAUUCAUGAUGUCAAAAUGUACUGCUCUACAUAAGGGCAGAGGAUUAGAACCAGAUUUACAGUCUCUUCCAUACAUAUAUUGUGUUUACAGGUCCCUAAGGGGUGGGUAAAACACAACGGGCUGGUUCGUCAGAAUGACUUUUAUUACAUAUGGGUUUCCCCUACACUGUAUAUAUGGUGGCAGGCUAAAUAUUUAGCUUUGGGUGCCUACAAAUUAAUGGCUAUUGUUUAUGCUGCACAAACAAACAGGCUUGUUAAUAAUGAUUUGUUACAUUAGCUUUGUAUUGUUUUUUUAAUUUUUUAAAUGUUUUUUGAAACUAAUGUAUAGAUGCUUCAAUUUGGUAGAUUUAAAUAUUUUAAAAAUGUACUGUUUGUAUUCACGUGUUUAAUCGUGUGAGUAAAGACUUUUUUCAUACUGAAAAAAACAUUCUUGCUCUUUUCAGUAUAUGCUUGCACUAUGCACC